UAGACUUUCAUGAUAGUCACAUGACUAAAACAAUUUCAUGUUGCAGUGUCCUAUACGCUGCUUUUAAUUAUUUGACCAGCUGCAUGUAUUUUUUGUUAAAAUUUUAUAUCUAGGUUGUUUGAGCUGUUAGAGGAGAUGCACAUUUUCAGUCCCGGAGGCUAUAUGUGGCUAACGAGGCUAGCUAGCUAAUCAAUGAUCUCCUGUUGUCUCUUCUGAAUUGUCAUUAUUUGGAGAAAAUCAUCACAGAGAAAAACAUGCCACAGGCAGCGGCUCUCAUCAGUGGGAUCCAGAGGAUGGUUCUGUAUGAAACCAGAGCUAGGUAUUUUUUAGUGGGGACCAAUCAAGCACAGACUAAACACCGAGUCCUGAAGAUUGACCGCACAGAACCCAAGGACCUGGUGAUAAUCGAUGAUAAGCAUGUGUACAACCAGCAAGAGGUUAGAGAGUUGCUCGGCCGUCUGGACCUGGGAAACCGUACCAAGAUUGGACAAAAGGGUUCCUCGGGCCUGUCCAGAGCUGUGUCAGCUUUUGGCAUUGUUGGGUUUGUUCGUUUCUUGGAGGGGUACUACAUUGUGCUGAUCACCAAGCGAAGAAAGGUGGCCGACAUCGGGGGCCACUCUAUCUACAAAAUCGAGGACACAAGCAUGAUCUACAUCCCCAAUGACUCAGUGAGGGUUACACACCCUGAUGAAGCAAGAUAUGUUCGCAUCUUUCAGAAUGUGGACCUGUCCAGCAACUUCUACUUCAGCUACAGCUAUGACCUGAGCCAUUCGCUGCAGUACAACCUGACUCUGCUUCAGAGGCCUUAUGAACUGUGGUCAUCGCCAGCUUCCUCCUCUGAGGAGGAGGAGGAGGUGCACACACAGAGCAAGCAGGACAGCUUUGACAUAUUUGAAGAUGAGGGUUUGCCUACGCAAGUGGUUUAUGGCCUCCAGAACGAGCCGUACUACAAGUAUGUGUGGAACGGUAAGCUGCUGGAACGAAUCAAGGACACCGUGCAUCAUGACUGGCUCAUGUAUAUAAUCCAUGGCUUUUGUGGCCAGUCUAAGCUUCUGAUCUAUGGCCGACCAGUUCACAUCACCCUCAUCGCCAGACGCUCCAGCAAAUUUGCCGGGACUCGCUUCCUCAAAAGAGGAGCCAACUGUGAGGGGGAUGUUGCUAAUGAAGUGGAGACGGAGCAGAUUGUCCAUGAUGCCUCAGUUAUGUCUUUCACAGCAGGAAGUUACUCAUCAUACGUCCAGGUGCGAGGUUCAGUUCCUCUCUACUGGUCACAGGACAUCUCCACCAUGAUGCCUAAACCCCCAAUACGAUUGGACCAGGCAGACCCAUACGCCCAUGUAGCUGCCCUCCAUUUUGACCAGAUGCUGCAGCGGUUCGGCUCUCCCAUCAUUAUUCUCAACCUGGUCAAGAAACGAGAAAAAAGGAAACACGAGAAGAUUUUGAGUGAAGAGCUUUACCCGGCUGUGAUCAAUUUGAAUCAGUUCCUUCCUCCAGAAAACUGCAUCGACUACAUCGCCUGGGACAUGGCCCGCUACACUAAGAGCAAGCUGUGCAACGUUCUGGACCGCCUGAGCAUGAUAGCAGAGAAUGUAGUAAAGCGGACCGGUUUCUUCAUUAAUCGCUCUGACUUCUACUGUCACACCCUCAGACCUGAUGACAGAUGGGGAGAUUUAGGAGGAGACGUUACCGCCAGUGGACACGUGCAGACGGGAGUGUUGCGGACAAACUGUGUGGAUUGUCUUGAUCGGACUAAUACCGCCCAGUUCAUGGUGGGGAAGUGUGCGCUGGCCUAUCAGCUUUACGCUUUGGGAAUGAUCGACAAGCCCAAACUCCAGUUUGACACUGAUUGUGUGAGGCUGUUUGAGGAGCUAUAUGAAGAUCAUGGAGACACUCUGUCACUGCAGUAUGGCGGCUCUCAGCUUGUCCACAGGGUCAAAACCUACCGCAAGAUUGCUCCCUGGACACAACACUCCAAGGACAUCAUGCAGACAUUGUCCCGCUACUACAGCAAUGCUUUCUCAGAUGCUGACAGACAGGAUGCCAUCAACCUCUUCCUGCAGGUGUACCAGCCGUCUGAGUCCAAGCCACACCUGUGGGAGCUCCCCACUGACUUCUACCUGCACCAGAGGAACACCAUGGCCCUCCCCCAAGACAGACGCAGCUAUACUUUUUGGUGGUCUAAAGGAAUCCUGUCCUAUCUUCCUGUGGCCUAUGACGAAGUUCCUUGUGAUGAAAACAUGAGGAAGGUCAAAGUGAAGAGGGUGAACCGCUUCGAUGAGAGUAUUGACAUCUACACUGAAUUCUUCAGGCCAUAUGAACUCUCCUCCUUUGAUGACACAUUCUGCAUCGCCAUGACAAACUCUGCACGGGAAUUCAUGCCCAAGACGGUAGGAGUGGAUCCAAGCCCUUUCACAGUCCGCAAACCAGAGGAAACCGGAAAAUCAGUGCUGGGCAACAAGAGCAAUAAAGAAGAGACGCUGCUGCAGAGGAAGACAGCAGCCAGCGCACCGCCUCCCCCGAGCGAGGAGGCCAUCAGCAGCUCCUCGGAGGAUGACUCCGAAGAGGACCGCGACGAUGAUGGAUCCGUGUCACAGCGCUCUACCCCGAUUAAACUCCUAACAGAGUCCGGGGACAGCAAUCGCACACAGGAGGAGAUACAGCAGCAGGCAGUGAAGGAGCCGUAUGGUCUCAAUCUGUCGGAGUUUCCUGCUGAGGGAGACCAACAUAUCUAUGAAAGGUUUGCACAUCUGGGCCAGAGCCAGCACAGGGUGGAAAGAACAGAACACAUAAAGUUGGCAAACAUCAUCUGCCUUCAGCACAGCCCUCCCCUUCUGACCCAGCAGGUCAUAGAUGGAGUGUUGCUGUCCGCGACCGAUUCAAGAUUCAACCACACAGAGCCAGUUUCCUGCUUUCCCGAGGACAGCAUAUAUGCUGUCACUCCGCCACAGGUGGACCGGGACAGCCGUGACGAGUUUGAGAGCCACGUGAUGACGGGUCAGGGCCAAGUGAGGGUGCUAUGCAGGGAGGACAUGUUGAUGUACAGGGAGUACGUUAAGAACAGAUACAUGUGAGACCAAACAAAAACAAAACACUUGAUCUCUGUUACUAAACAUAGAACAUCUGCUCCAAAAGUUUGCAAGACUUGAUUUUUUUUUGCACUUAUGGUUGUAGCCAAAGCAAGAUAAUAUCUUGCACUUUUAGAUCAAUUUAUCAUUGAAUUUUGUUCAAAAUGAGCAACUUCGCCUUCUUUUUUAUGGACCAAGUAAGUUGAUUUUUCUGUUCUAGUAGCUUUAAAUGUCAGUUUUUAGUCAGUCAAACAAGCUUACUUAAUUUUGUGUCUUUCCUUGAAUAAAUUUGAAUUGUAAUACUUUUAAAUAUCUAACUUUUUGUUCAUUUUGAACACCUGAUUUGAUGUAAAUCUUUAUGACUCUUAAAUAUUAUUCCUUUUAAAUAUUCAAAUCAGUAAUGAUGGCAAGCCCAAAGAUUAUGACUUUUUUAAAUUUAAGUUUAAGACUUGGAAGUGCUUUUUAUUGAUCAAAUGUUACAUUUUUGUUUUGAAAGCUGACUGGAAUAUGUUUUUUAUUGUCAAAAUUAUCACAAACAACACUGCUAUCUAAUUUCUUACAUGUAAUGUAAAUGUAAAUACAGCCAAAUCACCUUUUUUCUUUUAAAAUUGCAUUAUUAUUUAAAUAAAAAACUAAUCCUGUGUGCAGUCAAAAUAUACCACUGCUGCCUU